GCGCGCGGGUGUCAUGGCGGCGGCCGGGGCCGGGGCGGAGGCUCUCGCCGCCUCCGUGCGGGACUUCGUGUCCGGGCAGCAGGACGGCCGUGCCGCGGAGGUGGCGGCAGGGGUGAAGGAUGGAAGAUGGACGGUGCUGCAGCUUGUGGAAGCCCUGGGGUUUUGCCUGGAGAACACAGAUCCUCGGAUGCGAGGGCGAGGCAUCCAGCUGUUGUCGCAAGUCCUGCUCCAGUGUUACUCCCUGCUCCAGGAGAAGGAAGUGCUGCACCUGGUCCUGUUCUAUGAGAGCCGGCUGCAAGACAAUCACCUGGUGAUUCCCUCGGUGCUGCAGGGACUCCGGGCACUGAGCAUGUGUGAGGUGCUGUCCCCAGGGCUAGCAGUGUCUGUGCUCAAGGCCAUCUUUCAGGAGGUACAUGUGCAGUCCUUGCUGCAGCUGGACCGCCACACAGUCUACAGCAUCAUCACCAACUUCAUGAGCACCAGGGAGGAAGAGCUGAAAGGCCUGGGUGCCAACUUCACCUUCGGCUUCAUCCAGGUCAUGGAUGGGGAAAAGGAUCCCCGCAAUCUGCUGGUGGCCUUCCAGAUUGUGCAUGAUCUCAUUGCCAAGGACUAUGCCCUGGGUCCCUUUGUGGAGGAGCUGUUUGAAGUUACAUCCUGCUACUUCCCUGUUGAUUUUACUCCCCCCCCCAAUGAUCCUCAUGGCAUCCAGAGGGAAGACCUGAUCCUGAGCCUCCGGGCUGUACUGGCCUCCACAACCCAGUUUGCUGAGUUCCUUCUCCCUCUGCUUAUUGAGAAGUUGGACUCAGAGCUGCAAAGUGCCAAGCUUGACUCGCUGCAGACUCUGACUGCCUGCUGUGCCAUCUAUGGGCAGAAGGAACUGCAGGAAUUCCUUCCCAGCCUCUGGACAUCCCUGCGCAGAGAGGUGUUCCAGACAGCGAGCGAGAAGAUUGAGACGGAAUGCCUGACUGCACUGCGUGCUCUCUCUGCCUGCCUCUCCCGCUCCGUGCUCAGCUCUGAUUCUGAGGAUCUGCUGGACUCCUUCCUCAGCAGCAUCCUGCAAGAUUGCAGGCACCAUCUGUGUGAGCCCGACAUGAAGCUGGUGUGGCCCAGUGCCAAACUCCUGCAGGCAGCAGCGGGCGCCUCCCUCCGCACCUACCAGCGCAUCAGCCACAGCGUCCUGCCCCUGCUGCUGGAGCAGUACACCAAGCACACGCAGAGCAGCCAGAGGAGGACAAUCCUGGAAAUGCUGCUAGGCUUCCUGGAGUUGCAGCAGAAAUGGGGACAUGUGGAAGAAGAUGAGAGCCCUCUGCUGUCGCACCAAGCCCCCGUUUGUUCUGUGGUGUUCUCGGCGCUGCUGGAUCCCAGUGUGCAGCUGCAGCUGGUUGGGAUCAAGGCACUGACUGUCCUGGGCUCCCUGCAAGGCUUCCUGUCUUCCUCUAAUCUGGAGCUGGUUGUGGAUCACCUCAUCCGUCUUGCUUUGCAUGAGGAGGAUUCCCAGAGCAGCGAAGCAGCGAUGGAGGCAGCUGGGUCCCUGGCCCCCACCUACCCAAAGGUUUUCUCUGGACACAUGGUACCCAGGCUUGAAGAGGAGCUGCAGUCAGAGCGGGAGGAGAGCCACCACAAGCGUCACUCUUUGCAGCAGCGCUGCCUGCAGGCCCUGGCAGCUGUGUCCACCCACACCAGCAUCAUGAAGGACACUGUCCCCAUCCUCCUACAGCAUCUCCAGAAGGCACAGAAAGGGACUGAGGCCAAGAACACCCAAGACGUGAUCUCUGUGUGCCAGAGCCUGCACCGUGUGGCCCUGCAGUGCCAGCAGGAUGCUGAGGGCUGCUGGUACUUCCACCAGACAGUGGUGCCGUGCCUGCUGGCCAUGGCUGUGCAGGCAGCCAUGCCAGGGGGCUGUGCCUGCCUCCUCCUUCUGGACAGCAGGCUCCAGCAAGUUCCAUUCCUCCCACUACCUGCAGAGAGCACCCAUACACUGCCAGGCAAGGCACUGCUGGAGGAAGAGGUGCUGGCUGCCAUGAUUCCAGUCAUCAGUGCUGCCACCACUCACCUGAGCCCUGAGCUGGCUGCCCAGAGUGUGUCUCAGGUGGUGCCCCUCUUUCUGGAUGGAGAUGUCUCCUUCUUACCCCAAAACAGUUUUCCCUGCUCCUUCCAGCCUUUCGGGGAUGGGGAGCACUUGGAGGCACAGAGACGCCUUGUCGCCCUCCUCAUGGCCUUCGUCUGCUCCUUGCCCCGCGAUGUGGCAAUCCCUCAGCAGGAAUGGCUGCUCCAGGAGCUGCUGGCAUUGAGCUGUUCCUCCAAUUGUCCCUUCACGGCCACCACAGCUGCAAAGUGCUUUGCAGGGCUGGUGAACAAGCACCCAGCAGGGCAGCAGCUGGAUGAAAUCCUGCAGCUUGCAGUGAACAGGAUGGAGCCCAGCCUUGCGGAGGGGCCCCGCCGAACGCAGGCACUCACCCUGCUGCUCUGGGUGACCAAAGCCCUGGUGCUGCGCUACCACCCCCUGAGCUCUUGCCUGACAGACAAGCUACUGGACCUGCUGGGUGACACGGAGCUGGGCCCUGCCACAGCCGACGGCUUCUCCUUGCUCAUGGCCGAGUCCCCGGACGUGCUGCACAAGGGCUGCCAUGCUGACGUGCGCAUCAUGUUCCGCCAGCGCUUCUUCACUGACAACGUCCCCAAGCUGGUGCGAGGCUUCCAUGGGGCUGGCCCCGAUGUGAAGGCCAAUUACCUGAAGGGCCUGUCCCAUGUGCUCAAUCACCUCCCCAAACCUGUGCUGGUGACAGAGCUGCCCACGCUGCUUUCCCUCCUGCUUGAGGCCCUGUCCUGCUCAGAUCGUGUAGUACAGCUCUCCACACUGAGCUGCCUCCACCCACUGCUGCUCGAAGCUCCCCAGAUCAUGAGCCUGCAUGUCGACACACUGGUCACCAAGUUCCUCAACCUCACCUCCAGCCCCACCAUGGCUGUCCGCAUCGCCGCCCUGCGCUGUGCCCAUGCCCUUACCAGUCUGCCCACAACAGUGCUGCUCCCAUACAAGGGCCGAGUUAUCCGGGCACUGGCCAAGCCUUUGGAUGACAAGAAGAGGCUGGUGCGGAAGGAAGCAGUGGCAGCACGCGGAGAAUGGUUCCUGCUCGGGAGCCCAGGCAGGUGAGCACCCUGUGUCCUUUCCCUGUGCUGACCAACAGUCUGACCAGCGCCUCGCUAAGCCACCAAGUCAUCCGACCAAAUGCCACGGACCCUCUGGAUCCUCAGAGCCCAGGAGUGCCCGAGUGCUAGGGCUGGAGCGUGCAGGCCAGCAGACAGCACCCCUCGCUGCAGUCCCUUCCCAGCACCCACAGUGGGGAAGGAGCUAUGCUGCUUGUGGCUUGCCCCACCCUCUGCUGCAGCCAGGGACAGUGAUGGACAGCCCCUGCCACAUGUGAGUGGAGAGGACAGGUCUGUGCACACAUGUGGUGUGUGACAACCCAUGUACCAGAAGAAUAAAUAUAUCUGUUUUGAUAAUG